AUGGCUUCAAUACCAAACCUUAAUACACUAGGAGGCGGUAGACGCGGACACAGACUUCGAGGAGGUCGUGGCACAACGCCCACGCACGAGGAUGCCACAGCCGACAGCGUUGAGCGUGGACGUGAUCAAGUCGUACAACAAACGGACCAUGACGCGAGCAGCAGCCGGAUGAGCGCUGUAGCUCUGGGCUAUCUUGACGAUCCGUAUGCGAGAACCUUCUUCGGCCACGAUACAGAGAUUCCAAAGCGCUAUCCGAUCAUCAACCGAGGCACUUAUGUCCGGACGAAAGCUAUCGAUAGGCUCGUGAAGCAGUUCUUGGACGUCAGACCAACUCAAAAGAAGCAGAUUGUCUCCUUGGGUGCUGGUUCCGAUACCCGCUUCUUCCGGUUAGUAGACGAAAGCAGUGCCUCAAACUUGCACUUGGUCUACCAUGAACUCGACUUUGAGGCGAACGUCAACCGAAAGCGGACCACGCUUCGACAAUCUGCCGAGCUGUCUCGCUUGCUGAAAUCAGGUGGCGACCGUGGCCUGACCUACCAUCUUCACGCAUUAGAUCUCCGCGAUCUGGCAGUCAAGUCGCCGCCGGAGAUCCCCAGCCUAGAUCCUCAGCUGCCCACUCUAUUAAUCAGUGAAUGCUGCCUAUGCUAUCUCCCACACGAGACCGCCGCAGCGGUGCUCGACUACUUCUCCAUGCACAUCCCGGGCUCAAUGGCUUUGGUACUGUACGAACCGAUUCGGCCAUUCGAUGCUUUUGGCAAGACUAUGGUAACCAAUCUUGCCUCGCGCGGCAUCCAUCUGCAGACACUAAAGCGCUAUUCUACGCUUGAGGCCCAGCAGGGGCGUCUGCGUUUGGCUGGCCUCAGCGAUGGCCAAGCCGCGAGAGACGUGCUCCAGCUAUACGAUGACGACGACUGGAUGGCGCCUGAAGAACGUGAGCGCAUCGAGAAGCUGGAGUGGCUCGAUGAGGUUGAGGAGUGGCAGCUAUUAGCCAGCCACUACUGCGUUGCAUGGGGAUGGCGCGGAGAAGCUUUUGGCGAGGCAUGGGCAAGCCGUGGUGGUUCGAGCAGCAUAAGGAACAUACAGAUGAUAUAG